AUGAUCGCGACGGUAUCGCGAGCGGUGGGCGCGCGCGGCGAGACGGCGAGGCGGAGAGACGCGAGAAAGAGACGGAGCGGGAGCAAGGCGGUGAGAGCGCUCGCGAGCGGACCCAUGGCGCCGAACGAGGAGGUGGUGGAGUUUUUUAAGCGGGCGGAGGCGGUGGCGUUCGACGUGGAUUCGACGGUGUGCGAGGACGAGGGCAUCGACGAGCUGGCGGAGUUUGCCGGAGCGGGCGAAGCCGUGGCAGCCAUCACAAAACAGGCGAUGGAGGGAGGGAUGCCGUUCGGUGAGGCGCUUCAGUUGCGAUUAGAGGCGAUGAAGGUCUCUCGUCAGCAGGUCGAGGAGUAUGUGCGAACGCAUCCUCCGAAAUAUUCACCCGGAAUAAAAGAGCUCAUGGCCGCGCUCAAGGCGAGCGGUAAGGAAGUCUACCUAGUUUCCGGUGGAUUCAGACAGAUGAUCGCUCCGAUCGCGGAGGGUUUGGGGAUUUCGAGUGAUCACAUCGAGGCGAACAGUUUGGUGUUCGAAGAAGACGGCUCGUUCAGGGGCUACGACCCACGAGAGUUCCCUUCCAUUGCCGGCGGCAAGGCGGACGCAGUGCAGCACAUUAAAGCCACGAAAGGGUACGAAACGAUGGUUAUGAUCGGUGACGGCGUGACAGAUCUCGAAGCGAAGAGACCGGGAGGAGCAGAUAUCGUCAUCGGCUACGGCGGGGCCCAGCGUCGACCUCGGGUGGAGGCGGAGGCGGACUGGUACGUGCUCGAUUUACUCGUCCUCGCAAGAGCGUUAGGACACUAG